AUGAAGGGAAACCUGUAUAUUUCAAGCAGAAAUCCAAGAGCAAUCCUUGUUUCAGAAGAAGUGGAGCGUCUGCUCCGCGAGUACACGCAAAAUCAGGAGCUGGUGAGAAAUAUAGGUGCGCAUUACUACCAGAUAAUCUACCCUGUGCAGCUCCGACACCACGAGAAAAUGGGGAUCUCCACGCGGGAAGUCAACACCCCUAAGACAAGCAAACGAGGUCUCGUUCGCGUAUCAAAGAAGCUAAUUUCUAUUGGUUGGCCAUUGGCCAUCAACAGGAUUUAA